GCAUCGCAUCGGGAUGGCGGCCCACGAGCUAAUCGGGUCGAGCGGGCGCGUCGUCUGGACCGACACGCAGGCCACGACUGAUUUCGAGAAGCGCCUCCAUUCGAUCUCUUCCUUCUUCGAGCCCCCUUUCUCGAUACCCAACAGCAGAAAAGGGGUCCUCGAUGAAAGGCACAAAUGCCCUGUUCCCAAUGGCGCAUCCGACCUCGACGUGGCAGUGGAGCCCCCAGCCUGCGAGGUAACGCAAAACAAAGACCGACAGCUGCGUUCGGGAAUGAUAGCUCACCCCUGCGAAUGAAUCUGGAGACUGGGCGCAAAGUCUCGCCAGGUGUGCACACCGUACUUUUGAGUGCGCCUGGCUCUUGAACCCCCCCGAUUGGCGAAGGGCGACUUGUUGGGGCCUGCAUAUCCAUUGCCAGACUGCCAGAUCAUCAACAGCUCUCCGCACUCACUGCACGCGCAUACGCAGUCGCGCGCAAAAGCGACACAGGAAGAGAGAGAGGGAAAGCCAAGAGGCAGGCAGAGAGAUAGAUCGAUCCACAUGCCGGCCCCAUAGAGUCAUCCCAUGCCAUUCUGUCGCGAAGCGCGAGAAGAAGAGCUGCCACACCUGUCAGUGUCACCUUUCUAUCAACCUGAGGCGGAGGAAAGAGGAGGUCCAAGUAAAGAAUAAUACGGAUACAGUGUCUCGAACCCAAGCGGCGACAAGUCACAACCGGGCAAACGCAACAAACAGGCGAGCACUAGUGGGGGUGACUCGGGACGAUGGCCACUACUCUUUCCCUCUCGCCCUGGUCAUGUCACGUUCUGUUCUCGAUGGUGAUUCGACGACGGCAUCGCAUUUGAAACCCCGACCAGCGCAUAUAACCGUAACAUGACGGCCUGACCCAAUUUGCUUCAAGGCGACCAGACAUACGUCGCGAAACACACCCGGCCGCGCUACUUACUAUUGAGCUCGUCGCUUGUGGAGGGAGUGUGUAGGGAGGUAGUAAAGUAAAGUAAAAUAGAGGCGGGGAGAUCUCGUGCGCAGACCACUUCCAUGCGAAGGCGCGCACCGAAGGUGGCCCGACUGCCACUGGACCAAUUCAACAACUGCCCGUCUCAGACUCUAGAGCUGUUGUUUUCCAGAAAGUCGUCUGCUACGGUGGAUGGAACCGAGGUUGAACCAGCCAGCCUUAUCCCCAGAUCCAUAGAUACAUAGUAGGUAGGUAUGAGCGGCAUGAAACGAGCGGCCUGAUGCUGGGUGCCACCAACAGGACUGGAGAUCUAACACGGUUUGAUAUCACAACAUGUUGAC